GAAUGAAAAAGAAAAAAAAAUGUCAUAUUCACAUACUAUUAUAUAUUGGUAUUUGGCGGACACGGUCGAGAGGGUGAGACUCUUCUUCAAUUCAUCGAUCUCGUCCUCGUUUUGUCCCUAUCAACCCUUUUUCUUCUGUCUCUCUCCUCUCCCUUUCUACCUUGCAGCAUCGGCAUCGCAUCGCAUUGUUUUCUCCUCUCCCGCAUCCCAAAUCUUCCUUUCUAAACCCCCUAAAACCUCCACGAAAUACCCCACCGCCCCCCCGGCCCCCGCGCGCGCAUGGACGGCCCACCGCGGCCGCCGCCGCCCAAUGUGCAGCUUCGAUCGCCGUCCGCGCGCGCCGCCGGGUGCCGACUCCCGCAUUAGCCGCCCGCCGCGGGAAAUCCCACGCCGCUGCCACAGCGGGAUUCGAUUGGCGGGUUGGUGACCGGAAAGGAAGAGGGGGUGGGGUGGUUCCCUUUCUUUUCUCCGUACCGCGCUUCGCGAUCGGUUUGCCGAUCGUUAGUUGGCUGGUCGGUUCGUCUGCCCCUUGUUCGCUGGGCGGCGAGGCGGGCCCGGCUGCCAUGUCCACGGCAACGGCCAAGGAGGAGGAGGCGGCCGCGGCCGCGGCGCCCGCAAUGGUCGGCGAGGAGGCCGCCGCGCGCGCCGCGCUGAAGCGCUACGAGGCCCUCCUCACUGUGCGGGCCAAGGCGGUCAAGGGCAAGGGCGCCUGGUACUGGGCGCACCUCGAGCCCGUUCUCGUCCCGCCCGCCGAAACCGGCAUGCCGCCCAAGGCCGUCAAGUUGCGCUGCGCCCUCUGCUCCGCCGUCUUCUCUGCCUCCAACCCGUCAAGGACCGCCUCCGAGCACCUCAAGCGUGGUACCUGCCCCAACUUCGCUUCCCCGCCGCCGGGACCCGCCGGCGCCUCGGCCUUGCAGCCGGCGCCCACGCCCACGCAGCAGCUCGCGCUGCCGUCCAACUCCACCGCCUCAUCCCCUGUCCCCAUCUCCUCCAUCGCGCCCUCCUCGUCGCACCACCACUCCAAUCCGCACCACCACCACCACCAACAACAACAAUCCGGCAGUCGCAAGCGCCAUUCCAUGCCACCCGCGUACACGCCGGCGGAACCCGUGUCUCACCAUCAUCACCUCGUCGUUGUUGACCCGUCCUUGGUCUACCCUUCGGCGUUGCCCGCGCUGCCGGCGCCCCCUCCGCCACACCAGUCGGAGCUCGUGCUCUCCGGCGGUAAAGGCGACUUCAGCGCUCUCGCCAUGCUCGAGGACAGCGUCAAGCGCCUUAAGUCACCCAAGGCAUCGCCGGUCACCAUGAUGCCCAAGCCGCAGGCUGACGCGGCGCUCGCCUUGCUGUCCGACUGGUUCCUGGAGUCAUCGCCUGGCGUGUCGCUCUCUGCCGCUAGCCACCCCAAGCUCCGGGCCUUCCUACGCCAUGUCGGGCUACCGGACCUGCAGCGCGCCGACCUCGCUGGUCCACGCCUCGACGCCCGCUUCGCCGAGGCGCGCGCCGACGCCACCGCGCGUGUUCGGGACGCGCUCUUCUUCCAGCUUGCCGCCGACGGCUGGCGGGAGCAGGUGGUCACUCUCUGUGUCAACCUCCCGAAUGGCACGUCCGUGUUCCAUCGCGCUGUGCCGGUACCCGCCAUGGCGCCCUCAGACUACGCCGAGGAGCUCAUGCUGGAGGCCGUGGCUUCAGUCUCAGCCUCAGGUUCCUCUAGCGACCUCCACCGCUGCGCAGGCAUAAUUUCUGACCGCUUCAAAUCGAAGGCGCUGCGUGAUCUUGAGAAGAAGAACUACUGGAUGGUGAACCUAUCUUGUCAAAUCCAUAGCUUCACCCGUUUGGUGUGGGAUUUCGCGAGGGAACUCUCGCUGUUCCGCUCCGCCACAGCCAAGUCUGCCAAGCUUGCUGCCUUCUUCAACGCCGAACAGACGGCGCGGUCUUUGCUGCACAAACAUCAAAUUCAACAGCUCGGCCAUGCCUCUCUCCUUCGAGUCGCACAUGUGCCGUUUAACGGCAAUGGCAGAAACUACCGUGCGGCCUUUGAGAUGCUGGAGGACAUUUUGAACUCUGCACACCCUCUCCAUCGUGCUGUGCAAGAGGACUCCUACAAGCUCGUGUGCAUCGAUGACUCGGCUGCCAGGGAGAUUGCAGAGAUGGUGCACAGUGAGGCUUUCUGGAUAGAGGUGGAUGCUGUGCAUUCGCUCGUGAAGCUGAUAUUUGAUAUGGUGAGGGAGAUGGAAGCUGAUCGACCUCUUGUAGGGCAAUGCCUGCCGCUAUGGGAAGAAUUGCGCAGCAAGGUUAGAGAUUGGUGUGAGAAAUUUAACACUGAUGAAGGCGCUGCCCUGAAUGUGCUUGAGAAAAGGUUUAGAAAAAGCUAUCACCCGGCCUGGUCCGCAGCCUUCAUCUUGGAUCCUCUCUACCUUGUGAAGGAUGCCAGUGGGCGUUACCUCCCUCCAUUCAAGUGCUUGACGCCUGAUCAGGAGAAAGACGUCGACAGGCUGAUCACUAGAAUGGUGUCCCGGGAAGAGGCACACCUAGUUCUGAUGGAGCUGAUGAAAUGGCGGUCGGAUGGGCUGGACCCGUUGUAUGCACAAGCCGUGCAGGUGAGGCAGCCUGACCCGUCCACAGGGAGGAUGAAGGUCGCCAAUAAGCAGAGCAGCAGGCUCGUAUGGGAGACAUGCCUGAGUGAGCUCAAGUCGCUCGGCAAGGUAGCUGUGCGGCUCAUCUUCCUCCAUGCAACCUCCCGGGGUUUCAGGUGUACACCGUCAAUGGUGCGCUGGCUCUGUGCACCUGGGACCAUGGCAAGCGGCAAUGAUCGAGCGCACCGGUUGGUCUUUGUCGCGGCAAAUUCGAAGCUAGAGAGGAGAGACUUCUCCAGCGAUGAAGACAAGGAUGCAGAGUUACUCGCUGAAGGGGAUGAUGAUGAUGUACCUGGCACUGUGGAACCCUAAUCAGUGUAACAAGUAUCCCUGGUUAAUUGUUUAUUAUUCCUUCUUUUUUUCCCCCACUAGCAUUUUGUAGAAUUUGAUCCCUUAGGAAUUGUUAGGAAUUUUUUUUUGCCACCCUACUCUUUGUCUGGCUUCUAGAGUUUCUCCAUUUUUGCCCAUAUUGUUAAUUCUUGCUUCCUCACUCUAGAUUUUGGUGGGGUGGGGAGUUGGGCAUGAGAUGGAGCUAUGCAUUGUCCUUGCUCAUCAGGUUUGGUUAGCGAAUGACUGUAUUUUUCCACAUGUGUGUCCUACUACGGGCCAUUGAGGUUGCAGAGAUUAACUCGAGCGUUUCUUGUCGAUGUGUUUGUAAUCGGUGAUGGUGCGGAAUGAGAAGGAAUACAGAACCGUUUUUGGUCCUUAUUAUGCAAAUAAA